GAGGGAGAGAGGGAAGAAUGGGGGAGGAGUCACAGCAUGUGAGCAUACUGACACAUCAGAGCGAGAGCAAAGAAAGCAACAACAGAAGAGACAGAGACAUUUGACGAGUAGGAGGAGAGGAAGGAAGGGAUCUGCUCCAAAGCCACAUCUGCACUUCUCUCAGAGGGCGGACAACCUUCCUCGGUCCUCCUCUUGCAUUGUAUCCCUCAGCUGUGCCGGAUCUCCUCCUUCCUGCAGCCUUUUGGAACAACACCAAAAGAUUAAGAGACGCAGGAGAGGACGCAGAAAAGGACUCCGGAGAUGAAGAGAUGACUAGUGUGUGUGUCUGACAGGCUUGCAUGUGGAGGCGACAGUGUGUGUGUGUGUGUGUGUGUGUGUGGGAGUCACUGAGCUCCUGCCGGCUUUAACCAGAUGGAAUCUGGCCGGGCCGGUUGGCAUUGAGAUGGAUGCGAGGUGCCUCUGCGCUCAGUUGACCGCUGCUAGCAAACAAACAGCCUCUUGUUUUCUGUCUACUCUCUCUGUGCCCAGGCCAGUCCAGCGGCUAUAAGCGUGGGCAGUCUGUGUUGUUGUUUUUUUUGGAUUCCCUUUUCUCUCUCUUUUUCUUCUUGUCCCCAAACAGAAAAAGUAUUUGAGAGAUUGAGAGAACACCUGCCUUUUUUUUCUAAACUCUGUGGGCUCACUCAUAAAUCCACACACUCCUUACUGACGCCUCUGAAGCCGGCUCCCUGUGCGUGUUUUUGCAGCGAUUUCAGGACCGCUCGGCUAAGCCAGAGGGCUGCAAGCUGGUGCCUUCCCUAUUUACUGUAUGUUUGCCUCCCUUUAAUCCUCUUCUUCCUCCCUCUAUCCAUCCCCUAAGGCCCCAUUGUCAUCAUUAAUUUGUAUUGCGAGUCGCCCAUGAAUAAUGGAGGCAGUGGAGUCGCCUCUGGACUAGUGCCUUAAGUGGGAGGCGGACCGAAAAGAAGAGGACAAGAGAACACAGGGUUAGAAAACAGAGGAGAAGAGCCGAGCGCCGGAGAGUACUCUCUUUACCUCUGUGCGAGAGUGAGAAGGAGGGGUGUGUCCAGCGCCGAACGGAUGAAUGGGAGAGCAGCUGACGGAGGCCGAGCUCAGGAACAAACACGUGCUCUGACGAAGAAAGAGAGGAGAGGACGGUCCACAAUCGUUUGCAUCCAGACCGCACCUUCCUCGACAACCCGCUGGAAUCAACAAAAGAGAUAGAGGAAGGAAAAACAGAGCAGCGAUGCUCUGAUCCAGAGCCAAAACAAACAAGACUAACACUUUCCCUGACUUUAAUUGUCCUGUCUACAGUGUCUUCUUGUUUGCCUUUUUGAACAUUUGUUGGAGCAAUUCAGAGCUCGCUAGAUGGGCUAUCCCUGAAGCCUUGGGCUUUACAUUUUUGACCCACUUUAAUUAGAAACACACUCUUUUUGACACCAAUUGUCUUUUGAAGAGUGCACAGGAAUGGUCUUCAAAGAACCAAACCAGAUCCGCUCAUUAGAAGAAAAAUAACACGGCUUGUAGAGAUUUUUACAGACCUGGAAAAUGAGCAGAGGGGACCGUUUUGAAAAGAGGUCUCUCAGAUAAAGGACAACUUGCUUGGCAUCUCUGUUUUUGGAUGACAUGACCUUUUUGUUGACAGUUGUUGGACAAAGAAAGGUGGAGGUUAUAAUGUAACUCCCUCCAUGUGGACAGAUUUUCUGGAAAGUGCCUGAACUUUGUAGCUCUGUAAAAAGAAAAACCCCAAAAAGGACAAGAUAGCUAAGCUCACGGAAUCAUGGAUGACUCGAGUAUUUUGAGGCGCAGGGGACUUCAGAAGGAGCUGAGCCUUCCCAGAAGAGGCAGUUUAAUCUGGUCGCCGGCUCAGCUGCGUUGCCACGGCAACAGCAGCCUCCUCCAGCACCUGCUGUCCCCCACUUCCUUUCAUCCCUCGGUCGUUCAGCCCCCCGUUGUCCCCCUCUCCCCCCUGUCCUCCUCCUCCCCCUCCCUCUGUUCCUCCGACGGCCCUCUGUCGGCCCCCGUUCACCAGCGGGGGAACCCCUUCCUCUGGAGCUGUCGGACGAGCAACAGGAAGAGCCUUAUUGUGACAUCCAGCACCUCCCCCACCCUGCCACGACCACACUCGCCUCUGCAUGGACACACAGGUACCAGCCCACUGGACAGCCCUCGCAACUUCUCCCCGAACACAGCUGCACACUUCUCCUUUGUGCCUGCGCGCAGUCACGGACACAGGGCUGACAGGACGGAUGGCAGACGCUGGUCUCUGGCCUCGUUGCCUUCCUCUGGCUAUGGCACCAACACUCCCAGCUCCACUGUCUCGUCCUCCUGUUCAUCUCAGGAGAAGCUGCACCAGCUGCCCUUCCAGCCCACUCCAGACGAGCUGCACUUCCUCACCAAACACUUCAGCUCCGAGAGCAUCACAGACGAGGAGGGACGCCGCUCCCCCGCCAUGAGACCGCGCUCCCGCAGCCUCAGCCCCGGGCGUUCGCCUAUCUCCUUCGACCAUGAGAUCGUGAUGAUGAACCAUGUGUACAAGGAGAGGUUUCCCAAGGCGACGGCUCAAAUGGAGGAGCGUCUGGCGGAGCUGCUCAGCUCCUCGGCCCCGGAUAAGGUCUGCCCGCUGGCAGACGGGGUCCUGAGCUUCGUGCACCACCAGCUGAUAGAGCUGUCCCGAGACUGCCUGGAGAAAAGCCGAGGGGACCAGAUCACCUCGCGCUACUUCUACGAGCUCCAGGAGAACCUGGAGAAGCUGCUGCAAGACGCUCACGAGCGCUCAGAGAGCGUGGAGGUUACCUUCGUCACACAACUCGUCAGGAAGCUGAUGAUCAUCAUCGCCCGGCCGGCGCGCCUGCUGGAGUGUCUGGAGUUUGAUCCCGAGGAGUUCUACCAUUUGUUGGAAGCAGCAGAGGGCCAUGCCAAAGAGGGCCAGGGCAUCAAGAGCGACAUCCCCCGAUACAUCAUCAGCCAGCUGGGCCUCACCAGGGACCCCCUGGAGGAAAUGGCCCAGCUGAGCAGUUAUGACAGCGGAAACCCAGAAACCCCAGAGACAGAUGACUCAGUCGAUGGCCGAGGCACCACUGUCCCCGCAGCUCCUCCACAGCCUAAAACCAAAGCACCUCGAGAGGAAGACUUUGAAAACAUCAAGCUGAUCAGUAACGGAGCCUACGGCGCUGUGUUCCUGGUGCGUCACAAGGAGACCCGGCAGCGUUUCGCCAUGAAGAAGAUCAACAAGCAGAACCUUAUCCUGAGGAACCAGAUCCAGCAGGCCUUCGUGGAGCGAGACAUCCUGACGUUCGCCGAGAACCCGUUUGUCGUCUCCAUGUUCUGCUCCUUCGAGACCAGGCGACACCUCUGCAUGGUGAUGGAGUACGUGGAGGGCGGGGACUGCGCCACGCUGCUGAAGCACAUCGGAGCUCUGCCAGUCGAUAUGGCUCAGAUGUACUUUGCAGAGACCGUCCUCGCAUUAGAGUAUCUACACAAUUAUGGCAUCGUACACAGAGACCUCAAACCUGACAAUCUUCUCAUCACUUCCAUGGGACACAUUAAGCUCACAGACUUCGGUCUCUCAAAGAUCGGUUUGAUGAGUUUGACCACAAACCUUUACGAGGGACACAUAGAGAAAGACACCAGAGAGUUCCUCGAUAAACAGGUGUGCGGCACUCCAGAGUACAUCGCCCCAGAGGUGAUCCUGCGUCAGGGCUACGGGAAGCCGGUGGACUGGUGGGCCAUGGGAGUCAUCCUGUACGAGUUCCUGGUGGGCUGCGCUCCUUUCUUCGGAGACACGCCAGAGGAGCUGUUUGGUCAGGUCAUCAGUGAUGAGAUCAUCUGGCCGGAGGAGGACGAAGCUCUGCCUCAGGAGGCUCAGGACCUCAUCACCAAACUGCUGCGACAAAAUCCUCUGGAGAGACUGGGCACAGGAAGUGCCUUUGAGGUGAAGCAGCACCCUUUCUUCACAGAGCUGGACUGGAACAGCCUGCUGAGGCAAAAGGCCGAGUUCAUCCCCCAGCUGGAGUCUGAGGACGACACCAGCUACUUCGACACUCGCUCUGACCGGUACCACCAUCUGGAUUCAGAAGAAGAGGACGACACCAACGACGAUGAACACGUGGAGAUUCGACAGUUCUCCUCCUGCUCGCCUCGUUUCAGCAAGGUGUACAGCAGCAUGGAGCGUCUGUCUCUGCACGAGGAGAAGAGGACUCCUCCUCCCACCAAACGCAGCCUCAGCGAGGAGGGAGGAGAGCGCAUCGACAGCCUGAGCGGACUCAAGUCCAGAGAUCGGUCCUGGCUGGUGGGAUCUCCAGAGAUCCUGCGGAAGCGUCUGUCUGUCUCGGAGUCGUCCCACACAGAGAGCGACUCCAGCCCGCCGCUGACCGUCCGGAGACGCUGCUGUUCAGCCAUCAUUGAGAUGCCACGCUUCGCCAUCUCCUCGGAGGAAGAAGCAGGCCAAGGUGCGGCCGGAAGUCGUAAGAGUCCCAGCCUGCUGGGUCUGAGUGCAGUGCGGGGCCCGCGCUGUGACGAGCUGCCGCUCGCCAUCCCAGAGCUCCCAGUGGAGAGAGAGCUGAAGCUGGACGAGUCUCCCACCACACCCAGCUCCACCUCCAGUCAGCUGAGCAGAGCCACGCUCACACCGGGCAGUUCAGGCGACGUGUGCGAUCGCGGCCACAGAGCUAAUGGCAGUAACGGCACCGCUGCUAAAGCUGCAGCAGACAGCGACCCUCCCUCCACUCCGAGGGCCAUCAGCGACCUGGCGGCUCGCAGGGCUCGCCACCGCCUGCUGUCUGGAGACGCAGACAAGCACACGGUGGCGCCGAGCUCCAGACCGCUCAACAAGGUCAUCAAGUCAGCGUCCGCCACCACGCUGUCACUGAUGAUCCCUGCAGACCACCACGGAGCCUCGCCAUUGGCCAGCCCGAUGUCGCCCCACUCGCUGUCGUCCAACCCGUCGUCGCGGGACUCCUCCCCGAGCCGAGACCUGUCCCCGGCCGUGAACAACGUCAAGCCCGCCAUCGUGAUCCACAGAGCGGGCAAGAAGUACGGCUUCACUCUGAGGGCCAUCCGAGUGUACAUGGGAGACUCCGACAUCUACACUGUACACCACAUGGUCUGGCAUGUGGAGGACGGCGGUCCGGCCCACGACGCAGGGCUGAGGGAGGGAGACCUGAUCACCCAGGUCAACGGAGAGCUGGUUCAUGGUCUGGUUCACACCGAGGUGGUGGAGCUCAUCCUGAAGAGCGGUGGCAAAGUGUCCAUCUGUGCCGUUCCAUUUGAGAACACGUCCAUCAAGGUCGGCCCCGCCCGAAAGACGACCCACAAAUCCAAGAUGGCGAGACGCAACAAGAAGACCAAGACCAAGGAGGGACAGGACAGUAAGAAGAGGACGUCUCUGUUCAGGAAGAUCACCAAGCAGGCGUCUCUCCUCCACACCAGCCGCAGUCUGUCCUCCCUGAACCGCUCCCUGUCCUCUGGGGAGAGCGGCCCUGGCUCGCCCACACACAACAUGUCACCACGGAGCCCGACGCAGGGCUACCGGUCCACGCCAGACUCCGCCCACUCAGUUGGCGGGAACUCCUCUCAGAGCAGCUCUCCCAGCUCCAGCGUCCCAAACUCGCCGGCGAGCUCCGGCCACAUCCGGCCCAGCUCCCUGCACGGCCUCGCCCCCAAGCUCCAGCGCCAGUACCGCUCGCCCCGACGCAAGUCUGCCGGCAACAUCCCGCUCUCCCCUCUGGCCCGCACGCCUUCGCCCACCCCUCAGAGCAGCUCCCCCCAGCGCUCCCCGUCCCCUCUGUCCCACGCUCUGGGACAGUCUGCGGCGGGACAGUCCUUCCCCGUGAAGCUGCACUCCUCCCCGCCCCUGGUCAGGCAGAUAUCCAGGCCCAAGAGUGCGGAGCCCCCGCGCUCUCCGCUCCUCAAGAGGGUGCAGUCGGCCGAGAAGCUGGCCUCGUCCCUCUCCAACCCCCCCUCGUCGCCCUCUGGGGGGUCAGCGGUGGUGGGGGCGGCUGUCGGGAGCCGCAAACACAGUCUGGACAUCUCGCAUUCAGAGUUCAAGAAGGAGAUUCUGCAGAGAGAGCCGAGCCUACAGAGCCUUCAGGAGUCCGCCAGCGAGGUUCUGCUGUCAUCGGCAGGGCGCGGUGUGGAGACGGGCAGCCUGCAGAAACACUCCUCCUCAAACAGGAAGUUGGGGCGUCAGGAAGGGGACGGCGCCCUCAGCUCGGUGUCCGGCUCGCUGGGCCUGGCCCCCGGGAAGAGCAAGCUGAAGGACAAACUGUCGGCCAUCCGGCAGGACAGAGCCGAGCGGAGGGAAUCGCUGCAGAAGCAGGACGCCAUCCACGAGGUCGAUUCAUCCGAGGACGAGACAGACGAGGGCUCCGAGGACAGCCAGGACGGACGCAGGGCGGCCACCUUCACCCCUCCCCCCCUGCUGAGGCCCACCACUGUGAGAACGGGCCCCGGAGGCACGCUGCCGUCCCUCUGCCUCUCCCCCUGCACGCCUCACGCCACCUUCACCCACACGGGGCCCUCCCAGGUAGGCAGGCCCACUCCCUCGCACACCCUCUCCUCUGUCACAGAGACGAAGCCCGGGCAGAGCGCCUCCCCGCUGGGGGUAAAAGAUACAAGGUCUGCGGCAUCCACAGAACACAGUGCCAGACAAGAGAGGAAGGUUCUGGGCCCGAGCAGUGCCACAAAACCCACUCAGGGCCCCCUUCUCUUCCCCACCCCAGGCAGUGCAUUCAUCUCAGUCAGCAAGGACACUUUCCUAAAGCCAAAUCCUCCACCAGACUCAAAGAGUCCCAGGGGGAAGACUGCACCAUCGGAGCCCAGGGCAGAGGACCAAACCCCGGACAGCCCUAGAUCCACAGUCCCCUCUUCCACCAUCACUACAGAUACUACUGACUGCCUAACCUCCACCAGUACUACCGACUGCCGAACCUCCACCAGUACCACAGACUGCCGGACCGCUGACAGCCAAGAGACGCCCAGCUCCUCCUGCUCCUCUCCUAGCAUCCCCAAGGAGAAGAAGGAGGCUGACAACCGGAGGCUGUGCGCCGUGGCUGCUGCGAGUCUAAACGCGUCGCCCUUGUCCACUUCUGGCUCCGGCUUUAGUUUCAGCUCCCCAGUUCCGGUCCCUGAGAGCGCCGUGGACAAAGUUGUGUCCCAGCUUACGACGGUAGCUAAGAGCGUCCUGGGUCCCGUCAAACUGAGCACCGCUGCAGAGAGGAGCCAAAAGGACCAGAAACCAUCCAGAGGCGGCACCCCAGAAGUCCCACCAACCGCCCCUCUCUCGUUUCUCUCUAAACAGCACCCAACUCCUCCUUCGCCUCACCUUUUGGAGCCCCAAAACGGACAGAAAAGUGAUCAAGUUGCCUCCCCGAUCACCUCGGCCAAACCCUCGACCCAGAAAGACUUUGCAGUCCUGCCGCCAUCAUCCUGCACGGACGUCCCGGAAAGGCCCACGCUGGGGUCUGCAGGCAGGGAGACUGCUGCCACGCCUGCAUCUGCACAGCUGAUGGGUGCAGCGGCCCCCCCCAACACAAACCCCAUGGCCUCUGCAGCAUCUGAGCCACAGCGCAAGAGGCCCAAACCCCAGACGACAAGCGCCAGCAACGCCGCGACCGCCUCCUCGCAACAAGACAAAGCAACCAGCAAGAAGACGUAGCAGCAAAAAGCCCGACGAAAUGUGUAAAAUCACAGCACUCAGUGCUGUCCUUGCUGAGGUUUUUAGAACUCACACAAUCUGCAUGUUUGGAAGAAAACACAAUUAGCAACUUCGCACUUAUCUAAGAGAGUUUGACUUUCAAAGCAAAAGACAAAGGAGUAGAGAGAGACAAAGAGCUAUCAGAAGCAGAGACAGAUGUGGUAGUCCUAGUUCCAUUCCAGCUGUUUUGUGCUCCUAAUGUUCAUGUGAGUUAUUUCGGUGUCCUGACUCUUUGGUUCCUGCUUUCAGACUAAAUGCCACGAGGCGUUGGCAGGUUUUUUUUGUUCUUUUUCUCUUUCUGGAAACAUGUACGAGGCUAGAAAUAAAGAGCUCGGUGGUCCGUGCACAUACAAUUUAAAAUGUAGACACGUCACACACACCUUUUCUCGCUCGCUGUCUUCUUGCGCUGCCUCAUUACUUUUCACCUUGAUGUUUGGCAGAGUCGACGCGCACGUUCCUCCAAUAGGACAUGCCUAACUGAACACCCCCCCUCUGCCCAGCCAGGUCUGAAGGAAGAUUGAAUCUCAGCAGUAAAGUGCAGCGUGUGUUUAGCAAUCUGUGUAAAUGCAUUACAGAGUUUUUAAUGGAACUAAAUCUGCACCGUCAAAGUACACUCAGCACCCAGCCAACUAGGCCAAAUUAAAUUCUCCUCUCGCCGUAAUCCCUGGUGAUCCGACGCUGCAGGCCUGCAGCAGAGGAGGCGUGUUCCCGGAGCACAGAUCCCGGGCAUGGUUCGGCAGUUUGAAGAGAUUCCUGGGGGGGAUAUAAGUGUUGAAAUAGAUUAGCGUUCGUGUCAAUUUAUCGAGUCCGCGCUCAGGCGAAGAACUGAAUCUACAGUUUGAACCGUGAACUCGACUGAGCGACUCUCCUCACUCCUCACCUGGCUGAAUAGUAAAGAAGCAUCUUGGUCUUGACUGCACUGCAGCACCAUGCUUUUUCCCUAGAUUUUUGAAUGCAUUUUUUUGAAAUUCCCAGGCAUUCAUUUUCUCCGAACUAGCACAGCUCUUACUGUAGCUUAUCCUUGAAAAUGAAUAUAAUAAUAAUAAUUUGCAAAGCGUUGACUGUUUAGAAAGUAGAAAUAUUGUACCUGCUGUUGAACAUGUCGCUGUUAGCUAAGAUGCCAUAGGGUUGGGUUUUAAUUAUUGGACCCUGUUCCAGGUUGUGAACUAGCCAGAUUUGCUGAGCUCUGACGCUGACCAAACUCCUAUUGAGUGUUUUAGUUCUACUCUGCUCUACUUUAUUAUUAUUAAGAGCAUUGCUAACCGCCACUUGCAUAUGUUGCUGGUCGCAUAAUAUAGACCUUUUCACAGAUGUCAACAUAAACAUUCUAAAUGGACCCAAGUUGAUUUCCUGUUGCAGUGUAUGUGAAUGGCAUCAACUGACAGGAAGUUAACAAGGGGCCAGGCUAUUGCCUGGCAAUGAAAUUCCAUUGAAAAGGUCUAUAUCGUUGCAGCUAAUUGGUUUCUUACGAAUGCUGAAAGUUAAACCAAAAAACGUUGAGGGUUUUGAAAAACUUUUAAAAAUCCUAUCAAAAGCCGAACCCUACAUGUUAGCAUAAGCCCGAUGGACACGUCGUUCUCUUCUCUUUAUCAGACGUGUUUCAACUCCGAACGUUUCAGACUCUUUACAAGUCUUUUAGUUCCAAACACUCGCCACACUAACCUCCAGCUGACAAAUUCAAACUGAGCAUGCUCAGACUGACUCUGUUCUGUUCUGUUGGACCACCGUCUUUUUAUCCCUAGCCCCAUCAGCCUCUGAAGGCUUCCGUACUUAUAUUUGGUAUCUGGACCAACUUGCUGUGUUUUUUGCCUCUAAUCCUGUAAAGUCAUCAUAUUUUACUUUGUGUGUGUGUGCGUGCAUGUGUGUGUGUGUGUGUGUGUGUGUGUGUGUGUGUGUGUGUGUGUGUGCGUGUGUGUGUUCAUUUGUGCAUGGUUAUCUGUGUACAUAUAUAUAUAUAUAAGAAUAUUUAAAGUUCUGUUGUGCAUAUGUUUUAUACCGUGUGUGAGUGUGUGUGUGUGUGUGUUUUAGGAUUCGUUCAGGACACCCUGCUACCUGUGUAUGUGGCCGAGCUCUCCCUGUGUCGGGCGUCGGGCUUUGCACAAAACCUUUAUCUCAAUUGUCAAACGAAAACGACAAAAAAUCACUAAAAAGGAAAGCUGGUUGAGGCUGGUCGACCGCUGACCGUCGUGUGUUGGGUUGGUUGCUUCAACCUAAAACGCAGUUAGCCUGUUAAAAUCAAUCCCUUAUGUUUUUUGUGUGUGUGUGUUUUUUUUUUCUUCUUGGAUAUACCACCUUUUAUUUCCUCCGUGUCGUCCUGAUCUUUUCCCUGUACGUUCAAAAGCGAGAAACUGAUUUUUUGAGUUUGUUUUGGUUUGUUUGACGUUUUCUGAGAAAAUCACCUUUCAUUGGACGCACGCCGAGCCCAACCCCGGCGUGAGUCCACUCGUGUCGUACAUUUGAGCGUUUUCCCGAGGAAGUGGGAUGUUCCUCUCUCGUUAGUUUAAGAUGAACUGGACCUCCUUCGGUGUUUUGUGUCUUUACUGGGCUCGCGUAGAGCUGACUGACUGAGAGCUCAGUUU